GACGAUCCGCAAGACUUGCCGACGUUCCCGGCUAAAAUCUCCAAGCUGACCUGAAAGGAUCAUCGGGCCUUAGCGGGAGAUUUGCGAUUUCCUCAGGAGAUCGGGACCCGAGUGGGCUCGGGCGGCGUCCCCACCCCCCGGCACGAUGGACGUCCCCAAAACGGAACCCCCGACACUAAGACGCGCCGUGAGGAAAAUCCGAUGCGCCGCCAUGGUGGCCAGUCUGGCCAAGAGCUGGCAAGGUUGGGCCAGCGAGCACGCAGACAAGCAGGACGCCGCCCCCGCCGGGUGGACGCCCUGCUCCGCGGACCAGACGGACACAAAAGAGCGCCAACAUGUGGUCAAAGUUGCUAUUAGACCCCGGGAAAAGGCCUCUAGUGAUGCCAAUCCCAUCCGGAGUGUUUCCAUCUCGAAAACUGUUCAACCCAAAGCCAGCGAGCGUGGCGGGGAUCCGGUCGACAUCAUCUGCGGAAAGAUGGAGUCGGGUCCCGAGGAAAGCAAGCCCUUCCUGGGAAACGAGUCGCCCACACGGAGGCGCCACAUCAGGACGCUGCACGGAAGCGGCGGCGUCAUCCACGACAGGAAGUUGAUGCUGCAGGACAGGACGCUGAGCUCCAGGAGCAGCAGCCUGGACACGGAGGACAGCGGCUUGGGGGACGAGGUGGCGCCCGGAGACGGCGCGGACGCCAAGACGGAAACGACGGGCGUCAAGUGUCAAAAAGUCGGCAGCAGGCCCAAGAUUAAGAUGGCCACCAUGGGAGACAUCAAGAGUCGAUGGCAGCAGUGGUCCGAGCGGCACGCGGAGGGCCAGAAGCUCAACCCCUUCAGCGAGGACUUCGACUACGAAUACGCCAUGAGCCUCCGCCUGCGCAAGGGCGACAGCGGCUACGGUCUCCCCAAAGAGGGCUCCAAGACGGCCGAGCGGGGCGACCGCGCGCACAAGCACGUCCGCAGGGAGAUGGAGGAGAUGGUGCGGAUCAUCCGGGACAUGGGCUUCCGGGACGGCGAGGGCCGGACCGCGGUCACCUUCGGGCGCCUCUUCGACCGCUACGUGAAGAUCUCGGACAAAGUGGUCGGCAUCCUGCUGCGCUGCCGCAAGCACAAAAUGCUCGAGUUCCGAGGCGAGAUGCUGUGGAAAGGACAAGACGACCGCGUGGUCAUCACAGUGGUAGACUGACGGGAACGUCUGGCGGCGACGCGGCGGAGUCAGCCGACACCGCGACGCUCGGCAAUGUCGUCGAGGACUCGCUAGCGCCGUUGGAAAGCUCCUCCUUAUCAGUGUUGCUGUAGAAUUUGAAGAAAUUCAUCCCUCUGUGACCUUUUGUUGAAAGGUUUAUUCGGUAUUAACAAUCGGUGGACUCCAAAACUCCCAGUUUGGACGUUCAGCGAGGUGGUAGAAGGCGGCUGUUCGUACAGUUGGAACGCUCACCCCCGACCGUUGUUUAGAUAUGCAAACGCUGCUCAUAAAACGUUCACGAUAUCGGCCUUGCACGUGGAAUUUACUUUUCGUGAGUAGUCUGUGUUAAUCUAAUCUCUGUAAGAACUUUUUAAAUAUUACCGAUGCGUGGACUGCAGAUACAAAACGAAUGGAUGGAUAUUCAAUUCCUCCCCGUAUGUUCAACAGUUAUUUCAUUGAAAACGAUCUGCCAAUUGCGGUAAUGAACCACAGCCUGCCGAAUCGGUCCAAAACGGCAGUUCGUGCACUCCACGAUGUCGCAGCUUUCGCCAUCGAAAAGCUUUACCCUACGAAUAUAUCGAAACCCCUUCCCCCUAGUCGUGGAGAAAAUUAGUCUUCGCGACGUCUCCGAGAUGUCGCUGAGCCCUCCUUGAAGACUUCAAAAAAAGAAAUAAAAAUCGAACGUGUUUGUUCCCUGACGACGAGGAUGUUCUCUAGGAGAUGUCGCCGUCAGGUCGCCAACUCGUCUCCGGACCAGUGAGCUAGACCCUUUAAGGUUGACAAAACUGUCCCUUCCGGUCGUUCAUGAGGGGGAACAGUAGCUACUUCAAGUGGCUGUGGACAAAAAUCAAACAAUAGUAAGGUUGCCACAGUAAACGUAGCAGGUGGGCCUCGUUAGCAGACGGUUGCGGCACGACGGGGCAGAGUGACCGCAUCGGCUCGGGUGCGGCGUGCGCUGCGGCAUCGCGAUCCGUGAGAAAUAAAGUCCUUCUUAUCCGGCGAGCCCAACGAGCCUCCCUUCGCCAUUGUCAACAUCCGGCUGAAGAAGAGGGCACCGGGUCAAAGCCGCCGCAGGAGGCCGGGCCGACGCAACAGGAAGCGGAACGGACUGGCGUCCCGUCUCGGCUCGCGACGACACGGCGGAAGCCGCAGUCGAGUGCGACGCGCGCCGCAGAGUCAAAUGUGAAGAGACUCGCCUCCCGGGCGCAUGCGGUAAUCUCCCUGUUGUUGAAACAUUGUAUUUGUCAACCUUUUUGACACGUUUGUUAAGCUGUGGAUUGCUGAAUGAGGAAAACAUGGAAUAAAGACAUUUUUGUUGAUGUCA